AUGGAUGAGAUCGUUUACAUGAAGGAUUUUUUUCCGGCCGAUGACGUCACGCUGACGAUUGCGGUAAUUUCGAACGACUGUUGUUUUCACACGAUGGUUCCGAUCUGGAAUUUGGAGAUUGUAAACAACGUUUGGAACGGUGAUCUGAAGCGAGUUCUUAUUCACACGGAAAUGAGGGACGACAUGGAGAUUUCCGAAGCCUUGCUAGGAUGUUCGGAAGGGGACAAACCGUGGACCUUAAUGGAUGAGGAAGCAAGGGAGAUUGGUGAGGGUCUUUGCAACCUUACGGGUGAAAUUUACGUCCCACCGGAGUGCAGGAGUAUGACUACUGGGGGAGAAGAGGAGGAGGAAGAGGCGAUGUGGACGGAGAUGGAGGAAGAGGAGAUGCGGGCGGAAGCUGAGAUGAGGGAAGCCAUGUACGGACAGAUUGGUGAGAUAUCGGACAUGUUCGAUGGUCUUACGAUGUGA